AUGAUUGGAGCUCCCGAUCGAUCGAAGUUCAUUGGCUGUGAGGAACGGAAGAAUAAAACCAACAAGAUUUUAAUAAGUUUAGGCGAAUACUGUCCGUCCGGAUGGGUCGUGAAAAGAGCUGGCAAAGAAUAUGCAGCAGUAACCUGUGAUCCAACUCACAUACAUCGCAAAUGUCCGAAGCCAUAUUCUUGCGUUUAUUCCCCGUGCGGCAUGAGCUUCUGCUGCGUCAACCAAAGUCUGUCAUUGUGCUUCAUUCAAUUCAUCAUCAGAAUUGCCUCAAAGUUAUUCGAAAAUAGUAGGAAUACUAAGACAGUCGAUACGGGUAUCCUUUGUUAG